UAUGUUGUUUGAGUAAAAUUGAAAUUGUGUAAGAAAAAGGUAGUGGAAAAGAAAUUGUGUAAUAAUGUUGUCGGCAGCAAUUAAAAUUGCACUUCUUGGAUUCAGCAUAAACUUUUUGCUUAAUUACAGGCAAUGGCUUGAUUGGGACAAUGAUGCUGUAAUGAAUGUAACCCCAGGCUCUUGUGAAACCAUUUUAAAGAAUGGUGGAUCGGAGGAUGUUACACAUAUAGGAGACGGUAUUAUUCUGAUAUCAACGGGAUUUGAGUUUUUAGGACCACCAGGGCAGAUUAAAGCUGUUGAUCUGAAAAAUGGAAAUAAAGUGACGACAUUGAACAUCACCAAUAAACCUGCGAGGGCCGAUUUUAUGUCAGCACCGCAUGGAAUUAGCACGUGGAGAGAUCCUGACACAGAUCAGCUGUUUUUGUAUGUGAUCUGUCAUCCGAAACCAGAAGAUCGCAUAGAGGUUUUUGAGGUCCUAACUUCAUUGACCUUAAACUAUGUCCGGACAAUAACAGACCCAAACUUUGACUUCAUGAACGAUUUGGUUGUGGUCGGAAAAGAUAAAUUCUACAUCACAAAAUUCGCCCGUUUCCGCGACUUCAAAAGAUAUAACAUGGAAAUGUUCAGUGGGAUGAAAUUUGGCGGGAUAUUUUACUAUGAUGGUCGCAAAGCUAGGGAAGUUGCAACCGGAUACUACAUGCCCAAUGGAAUAAACAUCUCACCUGACAAAAAGGUAGUUUAUGUUGCAGAAUGGGGAACAAAGACAUUGCGAGGUUUUCGUAGAGACUCGACAAAUAAUCUUGCUGAAAUCUGGAGUACGUACACAGGUACUGGAAUUGACAAUAUUGAAGUAGACCCUGACACCGGAGAUCUGUGGAUUGGUUGUCAUCCUGUUACUUGGAGAAUCGUUGAUUUAUUUUUCGGGUCGCGCCCUGUUGGUCAGGUCGUUCGAGUAAAGAUGCAGGACAACUCAGUUUCUGAAAUGGAAAUUAUUUAUCAAGAUAACGGAGAUAACUGUGCUGGAUCGACAGCCGCAACCUACGCCGCCGGGAAGAUGAUCGUCGGAACCGUGAGGGAGCAGACAGUUGUUUGUAAAGUGGAUUAUCUAACUCCAAACUAAACAAUUCGUGAUUUUUAUCCAUAUGAUCCCUGGUAUUAUAGGACAGAAAACCUAUUGUUGUGUAUGUCAGAGGGGAACUAGUGUUUGUAAUGUAAUUUGUGCAGCAUCGACAUAUUUAUAUGUUCGACAUAUUUAUAUGUUGGAUUUCUGUAACCUCAGCAAACCAUAAGUUGUCGCAAAAGUUAAUAUUAUGUCCAUAAAAUGCCAAACACAUUUUGUUAAGAUGUAACGUAAGGUUUUGUCGCCACUUACCUAAGCAUUUUCAGUUUGAGGCUUUUUUAUUAUAUGUCAUCUACAGACAGAACUGUGAUUCGUCCAUCAUUUGUUAAAACAAAUAAUAUUCAAAUGUGCAUUCAAAUACAUGUAACUAUAAAAGAACUUCAAUAUCAAAUUCUUUCCCAAAUACUUAAUAUGAAUAACAAUUUAACAAGAAUGAUGAUGAUGAUGAUGUUGUUGUUGAUGAUGGUGGUGGUGGUGAUGAUGGUGAAGAUGAAGAUGAUGAUGAUGAUGAACAUACUGAACUGA